UCCAUUUUCUCAAAAAAAACUUGUUGAAAUUGAGAAAACAAAAAGCUAAACAUUUCGAGAAGAGAAAAUGGCGACAACUUUGGCGAGAUCUGGUUUUCUUCGCAACGUCGUGCGACGAGGAAGCUCCGGCAUCUCUCCCGCUCCCAAGCGAAACUUCUCUUCCUCUGCUCACGAUGAUGCUUAUGAAACCGCUAAAUGGGAGAAAAUCACAUAUCUAGGCAUUGCUUCAUGCACCGCUUUAGCCGUAUAUAUUCUCUCAAAGGGUCACCACCACUACGAUGCACCUCCAGCAUACCCAUAUUUGCAUAUCCGCAAUAAGGAAUUCCCAUGGGGUCCUGAUGGGCUAUUUGAAAUCAAGGAAGAGCACCACUAGGAGUAUUGGUGGUUUCAAGAAGGUUGUAUUUGGGCACUGGUGUCUGUAGCCCCAGAAAACAGUGUUUCGUAUUGUUUAUUGAAUUGUGAUCUAGAACUUCGCAUAUGGCAUGAUAUUUUUCAUGUUUGUCUUCUUUUUCAUGGUUGAAGCAAAAUAAAAUUGCCCAACAAUAUGGUGUUUUCAUUUCUUGUCUAGUUGUUUCAAUGUUGACAGAAAAUUAUUGAAUAUAGCAAGAAAAACUAAGUUAGGAAA